AUGGUACCGAAACGACCGCUUAAGGAAGGGGCCGGUGUCACAGAUUCCGAACAUCCGAUCAAACGCCGACUUUUACUUUCGACUAUUUUUAAAGGGGCUCGGGAUCUGCAUGAGUAUAUGCCACACUUCGAAUCCCGCAUGCGCCAAUGGGUGAAAGAGGAAGUGAACCGUGUAAUCGAUCCAUUUCUGGGAUCCUCCAACUGUAAUAAUAUCGAAUGCCCGACCGGAUCAAGAACACUGCAGUUGCAGUUCGAUAGUAAAUUGCCCCACAGACUAUUCACCGGCAGUAGAAUUAUGUCCGAAGAUCGAAGCCCGGUAAAAAUAAUAUUGUACGAUUCUAAUUCCGAAAAAUUAGUAACGUCCGGUCCCUAUUCUUCGAUCAAGGUGAAAAUUAAUGUGCUUGACGGUGAUUUUGUCCAUGAUCAAAAUCAAGAAGAAUGGUCGAAAAAAGAGUUUGAUCGAAAAAUAGUGGAAAACAGAAAAGGGAAAAGGCCACUGUUGAACGGAGAGCUCGUAGUUCCGUUGCAUGAUGGAGUAGGAUAUAUUGGCGAUGUCAGCUUCACCGAUAACUCCAGCUGGAUUAGAAGCGGCAGAUUUCGUUUGGGUGUAAAAGUGCAUUCCGGUUGUGAAGAAACGAGCAUUAGAGAAGGGAUAAGUAAUGCGUUUAAAGUUAAAGACCAUCGUGGAGAAUCAUACCAGAAGCACCAUCCGCCAAGCUUGGACGAUGAAGUAUGGCGGUUGGAGAAGAUAGCUAAAGAUGGAGCGUCACAUAAACGACUAACUCAAUUUGGAAUUUCUUGCAUUAGGGAUUUCUUGAGGUUGUACGUCACAAACGAAUUGUCUCUACGCUCUGUAAGAUACUUAUUUUCUUGA